AUGUCAUCCAAAAGACCCAACGACAACAGUGUCGAACUUGCCCCGAAAACAAAGAGGUCUCGCUAUGUCUCCAACGCAUGUAACGAAUGUAAACGGCGAAAGGUCAAGUGCACAGGCGAUGAGCCCUGCGAGCGAUGCCUCAAUAGUAUGACUAUUUGCAGCUAUCCGCGAACGCUAGCCCGAGGAGACGAUAACGGGAGUACUAGCCUGGCCAAUAUGGACAUGCAGAUCCGAACGAUUAUGGCAAAGGUCGACAGUCUCCAUCAGAAGAUGAACAGUCUCUCGGGUGGAGAGACUACGGACGAGACGUCUUCGAACAGCGUGCUCCCGAGAGGCGGAUCGCCACGGCGUCUGACCUCGCCGUCUGGGGCUGAAACCCUGUCCCCAGAGUACCAUGGCCCAACAAGCUCGGAAUUUACGUUUACAGUGGCCAACGAGAGCUUUGGCGAUCUAGGCAUCGGCGGCACCACCGUCGGCAAUGAGAGCCCGAAAGAGGCCAUGAACCCGUCGUUCUCACUGCCAGUUAUGCCAGGGGGCCACACGGCAGAUAAGAAGUUGCUGGGACGACUGUUGACUCGAGACCCGCUAUGGACGAUCCAGCGAUCCGACGCAUUCAGGUGGAUGAAUAUCUACCACGACAGCCUCGGAGCCAUGUACCCAGUGGUCGAGAGCCAGCAUCUCGAGGCCAAGACGCAUAUGUUGUUCGAUGCCCUAGAAGCGAUCAAGGCGGGCAGAUAUCGGGACCAUUUCAGUCGAGCGCUGGAACUGCUAUACAGCGGCGCCAUCAACGAGGCGAAACUGCUCAUUGCCAUGGGAAGCAUCAUGGAACUGGGGGUCGGCAACAGCGAAAUGGCCGUCCAGCUCGUGCAGAGUGUGCUGGAUUCGUCGGAUGACUCAUUAAUGAACGCGGAAGGAAUCCACGGAGUUCAACUCCUCGUGCUUACCGCACUAUUCUACCUACACCUGGACGAAGAGCUCAAGGCGAGCAGGUACGUGUGCCUGGCGUCGCGAAGAUGUCUGGAGAUGGGACUCCACCGUCGCGAGACGCUGCUGAAGCAUUUUCCGGCCGAAGCGCCGCGAAAGGAGGCGCUGAGGUUCUUUUGGUCCGUCUUCAUGCUGGACAGGCGGUCGAGCCUCGGGCUGGGGGUGCCGUUCGUGAUCCAGGACAGUCUCGUCGACCCGAAACUGGUCGCCAUGCCAUUCGACCACCUCUACCUCCGGACCAUGAUCCCCUUUACCAAGCUGUCCGGCAAGGCGUGGCACAUGAGCAAUGUUUUCAGCAGCAAGGACCCAGAUGUGGUGCGCGACGAGGUCGAUUACCUCGACUACCAGCUUUUACAGUGGCAACGGCAGAUCCCAGAGUCCCUCCGAUAUUCUCCUGGAUCGUCUGGGCCUAGUAGUGAUGAGCAUGCGGACCCAUCCCGAGUCGCACACCCAACGGAUUCCACCCAAGAGAGAUUCCCCCAACGAUCAAAAUUCUUCCUCAGCGUCGCCCUCUGCGUGCGCGCGAACCAGCUACGGAACGUCAUCUACCGCCCGCUUCUGCAAUCGCCGUCGCGGAUCCAAAGCCACAGCGCCCAGGCGACGACGGCCUUCCUCGCGGCCCAGGACUCGCUGCGCGUGCUCGUGGAGCUCGAAACCUCAACGGACCUCCUGGAACGGCACACCGUCUUCUUCAAGCACUUCAUCGUCUCGGCGCUGGGCAACCUGCUCCUGCUCGCCGUCCACGCCGCGGCCGAGUACUGGGCCCGGAUCCGCGACACGUUCUACGCGGCGCUGGCGCUACUCAGAAGACUGAGCACGCGCUGUGGCCCCGUCAUGCGCGUGUGGGACCGUCUCAAAGGCCUUGAGGACUUGCACGACAAGAUUGCUGCACGUCGGCGUGAUGCUGGGAUGUCGGCGGCAGCGGUGGUCUGGGAUGGUGAUUCCGGCGGACUGCGAACCUCUGAGAAACCUAACGCGCGGAAUGACGAGUGGAGAGGUGGCCCUUUGGAUACGGAUCAGACCCUGGGCUCAGAGCAGCACGACGACGACGGCGGCGGCGGCGAGUACAUGUUGUUCGACUCGCAAAUCAGGGAUGAGUUCGCCGGCCUGUUUGAUUCCUCGCUGGACGUUGCGGACUUGUUCGAUUUUCCUGUCGAGUGA